UUGAUUAAGGGAGGAUAUUCGUGUAUAAAUGUUGAGCCGUCCAGAGAUCAUCAUCAUAUUCGCUAAAGAAAUCACAUCGACUUUAAGAAAAUGGCAAAGUUCUUCGUACUUCUUGCUGCCUUCGCAGCUAUAGUUCAAAUUUCUUUGGCAAGUCCAACAUUUGCUAAGUGUGGUUGCGGAUCAAGGCUAACAAGUCGAGGAAAUGUAUUAGGUCUAGGCGCUAGCCCUGUAUCGUUUGGUAAUGCAAUGGCUGAGGAAAGAGUAGUUUUAGCAAGACCAUUAAAUCUGCAGCCGGUCGAACGCAUGGAGGUAGUAUCAUCCCAAGUUUCACCACUGGAUGGAAUGUUCAACCCUUCGCCUUACUACAGGACAGGAUGCAGUUGCGGUGGACGAUACAGAACUGCCAUCCUUCCUGCUGCCCCCAGUUGCUGAAGCAAUCAUAAAGAUUUUGAAAAACUGGUUCAGUCUUCCUCCAAUUUCGAUACCUCAAGACUCCAGUUAUUUCUGCAACAGUGAAAUACACAAAACUGAUGUAAAACAAAUAAACAAGGAAUAUUAUAAAAAAAAA